UGUCUACAGUUAUUACCAUCGUUUCUCCAGGACACGGUGCAGACGCAGGACGGUGCUCAUGUGACGUGCUGACGUCACCAGAUUUUUGACAGCACUUCCUGGACUGGGGUUUGUUGUGGGAAAUAACCACCGUGCUGUUGGACCUCAGACACAGGGGGCGGGCGGACACGUCCAGGCGACAGCGUUCUCCACUGGUCCACUGCUCUGUCCCCACCUGCACUCAGACAUGCGGCCGCACCGGUACCAGAUGAGAUAGUCAGAAAAGGAAGGAGAAGAAGAAGAAGAAGAAGAAGUGAGGAGUGGACACCGACAGUCAGACAGAGGAACAGCCUGCAGAGGAGCCGAGCACUGCCGCCGACAGCCCGCAGCUGUCGCGAUGUUGUAGUCAAACCAUGGAGAGCAGAAUCAAGGAGAAUCCAAAGAGGACUUUUGAUGUGGUCGUACAGGUGGCGUGUCCUGCUUCUGAAAAUGAAGAUCCUACCGUGCUGUGGAGCUUCCCCCAGGACCACACAGACCAGGAGGUCCUUCAGACGAUACCAAAGUUCUGCUUUCCCUUUGACGUGGAAAGAGUUAACCAGAGUCAGGUGGGCCAGAAUUUUACCUUUGUGCUCACUGACAUCGACAGCAAGCAGAGGUUUGGCUUUUGUCGACUCACUCAAGGCUGUCGGGUCUGCAUAUGUCUCCUCAGUUAUUUACCGUGGUUUGAAAUCUACUACAAGCUGCUCAACACCCUGGCAGAUUAUCUGUUAAAGAAACAGGAAAAUGACUUGAACGACAUGCUGAAUUCUCUCUAUGAUCUGCCUGUGCCAAAGCCCCACAUGCCAGUCAACCUGAGUGUGAAUGAGCAGUUGUACAUUGCCACCGGGCAAGUACUGAGAGAUCCACGAAGCAAGGAGCCGCACUCCUACUUCAUUGCCCCGGAUAUCAAUGGACUGCCAACCAUCCCUGAGAGUAGGAACCUGACAGAGUACUUUGUGGCGGUGGACGUCAACAACAUGCUCCAGCUCUACGCCAGCAUGCUGCACGAACGGCGCAUCAUCAUUACCUCAAGCAAGCUCAGCACUUUAACUGCGUGUGUCCACGGUGCGGCCGCUCUGCUGUUUCCCAUGUACUGGCAGCACAUCUUCAUCCCUGUGCUGCCUCCUCAUCUUCUGGACUACUGCUGCGCCCCCAUGCCGUACUUUGUGGGAGUUCACCUCAGUCUUCUGGAGAGAGUACAGAGCCGAUCACUGGAGGACGUGGUCAUUCUGAACGUGGACAACAACACCCUGGAGAGUCCGUUUGACGACCUGCACAACCUGCCCAGCGACGUGAUGUCUGCUCUGAAGAGUAAGCUGAAGAAGCAGUCCACAGCAACAGGAAGUGGUGUGGCCCGGGCCUUCCUGAGAGCGCAGGCCGCUCUGUUUGGAUCCUACAGAGACGCCCUCAGAUAUCGACCUGGGGAGCCAAUCACGUUCUGCGAGGAGAGCUUUGUGAACCAUCGCUCGAGCACCAUGAGAAGCUUCCUGUCCAUGGCUGUCAACCUGCAGCUCUUUAAACAGUUCAUCGAUGGACGACUGGCCAAAUUGAACGCAGGCCGCGGCUUCACUGACGUGUUUGAAGAGGAAAUCACAGAGGGGGGCUUCUGUGGAAGUAAUUCCAGGUCUUAUCAGCAGUGGAUGCACACUGUAAAGAGAGGAGGAGCUCUCAUCAACACAGCUGUUACAAAGGCCAAGAGUCAUGCCAAGAGGGGGAUCCGGGACAUUAAGGGCAGACUUAAAGCAAGGGAUGAAAGAGACGAAGGGGUGAUGGUCUGUGCAGGAUCUCCCACCAGCACCAAGAGCCUGUCUCCAAGGAGACUGCAGAAGAUGAGACGGCAGAAACUCGGCCAGACUCAUAUGAACCUGGAUCCUCGAGAUCUGGACGAUGACGAGCUGGACACUGCAAGCAAGAUCUCCUCAGAGGACAGUGGAGACGUUCCCUCCUACACGGAGGACAGCGAUGACUCACUGGACCUUGACAUUGACUCCAGCAACCCAGGUCAGAUGAACCUGCUGGCAGAGAUCCUGGACUCUCUGAACACCAGCACACUGGAACAAGGGAAACUCAGCGCCGCCAAGAGCCUGGACUUCUUCAGGUCCAUGGAAGACCUGGACUACACUGGCCCGACCAAACCAACUUCUACUAGUCUGUCUAAACCUGUAGAGGGCAGCAGUGACGACGUGAGUGAUGACCAGGGAGGCUGGAACAUGGGUCAGGACGACAGCGUAGUCCACGGAAAACACCUCCCACCAUCUCCGCGCAGACAACCCAACAGGGUGACCCUGAGUAAACCGGCGGACGCCCCUCCAGUGACCGUGGUCAGUGCCUCACCCCCAGUGACCGUGGUCAGUGCCUCACCCCCAGUGACCGUGGUCAGUGCCUCAUCUCCAGCCAACACUGCCAGAGUCUUCAGGAACCAGGAAUUCUCCUCCCGUUCCAGUUCCGACCUCCUGUCCAAGCCCUUACCUGUGGGACGAGCACCAGACCACCGCUUCUCCUGUUCGCCCUCACUGUUUAACAAAUUGACCCCCCCGCCGCCGUCUCCCGCCCUCUCCGACGGUCCCCGCUCCUCAGACACUUCUCCUCUUCCCACAGUCAGAUCACGGACUAUUUCAGAGCCUAAAAUCAACAACGAGCCCCCGGAGAUCCAGAACCAGUGUUCGUCCACGAGCAUCCUGAGGAGGAAAGUACUUUCCAAGGACGUGGUGAGACAGUACCAGGAGAAGGCCCAGCAGAAGCAGAGCGGCAGAGGCCCAGAGGAGGGGGAGGAAAACCAGUUCAAGCAGAGAUAUUCAGCUCUGCCCGUUCCAUGGGAGAAGGAAGGGUCACAGAGGGGUCAGCAGGACAACGACCAGUCCGUGGAUCAGAGUAAAGGCUCCGGGGUGGCUCUGGGCCGGGAGCAGGAGAAAGACAAAGAGUCCAUGUCCUGCCGCAACUCGGUGGUCCACACCAGGCCACAGCUGUUAAAGGUUCAGUGCAACAACAGUAAUCACCGGAGCAAAAACCCCAACGAGACAUAAGCGAUGUCGAAAAAACUGAUGUCUGUGAAAUUUCAACGGAUUCUCAUGCAGUUUUACGUUACAACGAUAGAAAUGUAAAAUAAUAUUAAUGAUCAGCCGCAGACGUCACCAGAUAAAUAGAAUAAAAAAUUCGACCCAAAGCUCUGAGAAAACUUGAUGUCUCACAGAGACCGUCAGGGAGCGGCUCUGCUGCGGGACAGAGAACGAUGUCUUCUUCUACUGUAUCCUCUGUUUUUAAGCUGUGAUGAAAUCCUUGUUGAUGAUAAUGACUGACUGUACAACACAAGUGUCUUAACACAUUUCCAAAAUAACUCCCCAAAAUACUCGUAGUUACUCCAAACGACAUCAGUAAGUAGUCGUCGUAAUAAUAAUAAUAAUAAUAAGGAUGUCACAGCAGUAGCAGGUUUUUAAUGCCACGCAAUGUUCAUUUAUUUAGUUGAUUUGGUGCUAAAGUCUCUGUCGGAAAUAGUUUGCAACUCAAACCUUUUGUGGU